AGCUGGCUGCAGUCCUUCCUCCCUCAAGUUUCUUCCCAUAGGCUAGCCUAUUCUCUCCGGCCGCAAUCACACACUAUUGGCCCGGUCAGGUGACAAGCUUUGGGGAAGCUGGCCAGCCUCGUUCUCGCUUUCCAUCAUUUAACACGCCAUCGCCAACCGGGAGUGCACGGGAACAGGAUAGAGCAUCGGAUUUAUCGGAAUAUUUUCCAGAUAUUGGACAAAACUGAUUUAGGGUCAACGGCAUGGGCGAGCGAACGGCAUUUCUGCUGUUAUGGGUUGCGACCUUGACGCUGGCAUCUGAGGUGCCUUCUGAUGACUCAGUGGGUCUGCUGGCAGAGCCCCAGGUAGCCAUGUUCUGUGGGAAAUUCAACAUGCAUGUCAACGUUCAGAGUGGCAAGUGGGAGUCGGAUCCCUUCGGCACAAAGAGCUGCAUCGGAACCAAGGAGGGCAUCCUGCAGUACUGUCAGGAGGUGUACCCUGAGCUCCAGAUCACUAACGUGGUGGAGGCCAACCAGCCAGUCAGCAUUCAGAGCUGGUGCAAGAAGGGACGCAAGAAGGGACGCAAGGAGUGUAGCAGUCACACACACAUCGUGGUGCCCUACCGCUGCCUGGUUGGAGAGUUUGUGAGUGAUGCCCUGCUGGUUCCUGAUAAGUGCAAGUUCCUGCAUCAGGAGAGAAUGGACAUGUGUGAGAGCCACCUGCACUGGCACACCGUGGCUAAAGAGUCCUGCGGAGACCGCACCAUGAAUCUCCAUGACUACGGGAUGCUGUUGCCAUGCGGCAUCGACCGUUUCCGGGGGGUGGAGUUUGUGUGUUGCCCAGCGGAGACACAGCGCGAGUCAGACAGUGUGGAGCUGACUGAGUCUGAUGUGUGGUGGGGUGGAGACGAGACUGAAUAUACCGAUAACAACAUGCCUCGCCAGGCGGAUCAGGGGGCUGUCACCACUGAGGAGGAUGACGAAGAGGAUGCCUUUGACAGAGACGAGGACGGAGAUGGUCUUGAGGAUGAUGAUGAUGAUGAAGACGAUGAGGAUGACGUGACCGAUGAACGGGACAGUGGUGAAGGCACCUCCAACAUCGCCAUGACAACCACCACCACGACCACCACUGAGUCGGUUGAGGAAGUCGUCAGAGAGGUGUGUUGGGCGCGUGCUGAGUCGGGCCCAUGCCAUGCCAUUCUGGAGCGUUGGUACUUCGUGCCAGAGAAGGGCACCUGUGCCCCCUUCCUCUUUGGAGGGUGUGGGGGCAACCGGAAUAACUUUGACUCAGAGGAGUACUGCCUAUCUGUCUGCAGCACCAGUGUGUUGCCUACCACGGCCCCCUCCCCCCCUGGCGCGGUGGACCGUUACCUGGAGUCUCCCGGAGACGACAGCGAACACGCCAACUUCCAGCAGGCCAAGGAGAGUCUGGAGGCCAAGCACCGCGAGAGGAUGUCUCAGGUGAUGAGAGAGUGGGAGGAAGCAGAGAGACAAGCCAAGAGUCUCCCUCGCGCUGACAAAAAGGCAGUCAUCCAGCACUUCCAGGAGAAGGUGGAGGCCCUGGAGCAGGAGGCAGCAGGAGAGAGGCAGCAGCUGGUGGAGACCCACAUGGCCCGGGUGGAGGCCCUGCUCAACAGCCGCCGCCACAUGGCCCUGGAGAACUACCUCGGCUCCCUGCAGGCCAACCCACCCAGGCCUCGUCAGGUGCUUGGCCUGUUGAAGAAGUAUGUCCGUGCAGAACAGAAGGACAGACAACACACCCUGAAACACUACGAGCACGUCCGCAUGGUGGACCCCAAAAAGGCUGCUCAGAUCCGACCCCAGGUGAUGACCCACCUGCGUGUGAUUGACGAGAGGAUGAACCAAUCCCUGGGGCUGCUCUACAAGGUGCCCAGCGUGACCAAUGAAAUCCAAGACCAAGUUUCUGUCCUGAUGCAGAGGGUUCAGUCAGAGCUGUCUCAGCAAGUCUCAUCUCUGCAGAGCGAUGGGAGGAGUGAUGGCAGGGUGAGCUAUGGAAACGAUGCCCUGAUGCCCGACCAGGCUUACAGCUCUGCCCCUCUGGACCCUGGCAUGGGCCUGGAUCGACUGGGCUUCAUCCACCCAGAGAGCUUCAAUCAGCCCAACACUGACAACCACGUUGACCCUGUUGAUGCUCGUCCAGUCCCAGAUAGAGGUCUGCCCACUCGGCCUGUGUCUGCUCUGAAGCCUGAGGAGGUUCCUGAGGUGCGGGUGGAGAAGGAGGAGCGGCAAAGCGCCAGCUAUGAAGUGCAUCAUCAAAAACUGGUGUUCUUUGCUGAGGAUGUAGGCUCCAACAAGGGUGCCAUCAUCGGCCUGAUGGUGGGCGGCGUUGUCAUAGCGACAGUCAUCAUCAUCUCUCUGAUUAUGCUGAGGAAGAAGCAGUAUACCUCCAUCCACCACGGAAUCAUCGAGGUGGAUGCUGCAGUGACCCCAGAGGAGCGUCACCUGUCCAAGAUGCAGCAGAAUGGCUAUGAGAACCCCACCUACAAGUUCUUCGAACAGAUGCAGAACUAAGGAGCUACCCUUUGACCCCUCCCAGACCCUGAACUUCCUUUAACCCCUCACACCUAGGGCCCGUUCCAUUUUGGUCCAUAAACCCCUCACACCUAGGGCCCGUUCCAUUUUGGUCCAUAAACCCCUCACACCUAGGGCCCGUUCCAUUUUGGUCCAUAAACCCCUCACACCUAGGGCCCGUUCCAUUUUGGUCCAUAAACCCCUCACACCUAGGGCCCGUUCCAUUUUGGUCCAUAAACCCCUCACACCUAGGGCCCGUUCCAUUUUGGUCCAUAAACCCUUCUAACUCCUAUUCUAUUGCUGUCAAUGGAUCUGAAAGGACUGAGUAGGUGAAACCAGUAUGACUGAAGUGCCAGAAAAAUCUAGAAUGAAUUGGGUUCGAAAUAGUUGUAGUCAUAUUACUUCCAGCUAUCCAGGGGUAGUGCCAAGGAGCUGGGGGUUGAAAUACAACCUAGCCACACUCACCCUUCAUCCUUUCCUCGUAAAGUGCAGCACAUCAACAUUCAUAGCUGCUAUUGGUCAGACCAGGAUAUCCUCAUUCACCUGCAUAUUUUUCUAUAAUAUCCUGUAGUGUUUGUACAGAACAGAGAAGCUCAUUGAUUGAUUCAUCUGUCCGUCUAUCUGUGGGUGAGCCCUCCCCCUCAGGAUAGCACUCGCAGGUCUAAGAGGGUGAAACAGAGGCCCCAAAUAUCCCUGCAAUCUUCCUGACGCACUCUGACGCACUCUCCCCUCCCCCUCCAUCUCUCCCACGCACUCUUCUCCCCUCCCACUCUCUCAGAUGACAGCUGUGCUGUGUUUAGUGAUGACAUAACAGCUCUUAACACUAGCGAAGGGAGGAGGGGCUCAGUCUGCCCUGAGCUCCUCUCUGUGGGAUUAUACCACAAGGGAGGAGGGGCUCAGUCUGCCCUGAGCUCCUCUCUGUGGGAUUAUUCCACAAGGGAGGAGGGGCUCAGUCUGCCCUGAGCUCCUCUCUGGGAUUAUACAAGGGAGGAGGGGCUCAGUCUGCCCUGAGCUCCCCUCUGUGGGAUUAUACCACAAGGGAGGAGGGGCUCAGUCUGCCCUGAGCUCCUCUCUGUGGGAUUAUACCACAAGGGAGGAGGGGCUCAGUCUGCCCUGAGCUCCUCUCUGUGGGAUUAUACCACAAGGGAGGAGGGGCUCAGUCUGCCCUGAGCUCCUCUCUGUGGGAUUAUACCACAAGGGAGGAGGGGCUCAGUCUGCCCUGAGCUCCUCUCUGUGGGAUUAUACCACAAGGGAGGAGGGGCUCAGUCUGCCCUGAGCUCCUCUCUGUGGGAUUAUACCACAAGGGAGGAGGGGCUCAGUCUGCCCUGAGCUCCUCUCUGUGGGAUUAUACCACAAGGGAGGAGGGGCUCAGUCUGCCCUGAGCUCCUCUCUGGGAUUAUACAAGGGAGGAGGGGCUCAGUCUGCCCUGAGCUCCCCUCUGUGGGAUUAUACCACAAGGGAGGAGGGGCUCAGUCUGCCCUGAGCUCCUCUCUGUGGGAUUAUACCACAAGGGAGGAGGGGCUCAGUCUGCCCUGAGCUCCUCUCUGUGGGAUUAUACCACAAGGGAGGAGGGGCUCAGUCUGCCCUGAGCUCCUCUCUGUGGGAUUAUACCACAAGGGAGGAGGGGCUCAGUCUGCCCUGAGCUCCUCUCUGUGGGAUUAUACCACAAGGGAGGAGGGGCUCAGUCUGCCCUGAGCUCCUCUCUGUGGGAUUAUACCACAAGGGAGGAGGGGCUCAGUCUGCCCUGAGCUCCUCUCUGUGGGAUUAUAUCACAAGCGUUUCAGGUUUUUUUUCCAGAAAAAUUUAUAAAAAACCAAAAUAUAUAACUAAUACAUCAGAAAUAUGUAAAAGGCAAAGAAAUAUUGAAUGUUUUUAUUUUGUGCGUAAUGUAUUGAAAUAAGGCAGAACAACUAGCUGUAACUAUAUGUAGUGCAUGGUGAUAUUGAUGCCAGAUAUACGUAGAGAAGCCAGGACUGGGCCUCUCAUAUAGACUUUUAGCAGGAUUGUACAUUUUCUGUGUCUUCUUUGUGAUCUUGUGAUAUGAAGAAGAGAGAAAAAAAAAGUAUUUAGAAUCUGGUCCGCUUUGUUGUCACUGCGACAAUCUUUAAACAGAACCUGUGCUCUCCUUUGUUUCCAGCCCCUUCCUCGCUGUGUGUUACCUACAUGGACCCAAUUAUCUCUAUCUACAUGUAGCUAAUAUAAUGACGUGUAAUAGUAUAUGAAAGGAAGUCUAUCUGUUUCAUUUAGUCUGGGUGUUACUGGUGUUACUGCUCUGUUUGUUGGUUUAUGUCCCUUAAAUAUUCCACCACUAGGAAUUGUUUCAGCUCCAUUCAUCAUUCCAUAAAUCUCAGCAUUCCACCCUAUCUUUCCUCA